AUGAGUAUGCAUAGAGUAGCCCGCGCUGUGGCUUCAUCCGAAGCUUGCGCUGGAGCGCUACGUGGAAGUGUCUCGAGAACAAGAUUUCUGUGCUUAAAUGCCCCUGUUCAGAGGUUCGGGGCAAGAAAUGCGUUACUCGGUGCUGGACUUGGAGCGAAGAGACAUUUCUUUCAAUCGCCGAUUAUUAGAUCUGGUGUUGCCCAAGCUGUGUUAGAGAAGGCCGCAGCAGAUCCAUCAGCCCUUACUCAGGAAGCAAUUGUUGAUAACCUGAAUGCUGCAGAGAGGGAUCGAUUGAGGAGGGUUAGGAAUAUUGGUAUUGCAGCACAUAUCGACAGUGGCAAGACGACUGCCACAGAACGAGUCCUUUUUUAUACUGGACGAAUUAAUGCUAUACACGAAGUUAGAGGAAAGGAUGCCGUCGGCGCAAAGAUGGAUUCUAUGGAAUUGGAGAGGGAAAAGGGUAUCACAAUUCAGUCUGCAGCCACGUUCUGUGACUGGAUGAAGGUUGAGAAUGGAAAGGAGGAGAAGUACCACAUAAACUUGAUCGAUACACCCGGACAUAUUGAUUUUACAAUUGAGGUCGAGAGAGCUUUGCGAGUCUUGGAUGGAGCCGUCAUGAUUCUUUGCGCCGUUAGUGGAGUUCAGAGUCAAACAAUCACCGUGGACAGACAAAUGCGAAGAUAUAAUGUUCCUCGUAUUAGUUUUAUCAACAAGAUGGACAGAAUGGGUGCCAACCCUUUUAAGGCGGUCGAACAAAUCAACCAAAAACUACGAAUCCCAGCAGCAGCCCUUCAAGUCCCAAUUGGUUCAGAAGACAGCUUCAAUGGUGUUGUUGAUUUGAUCAGAAUGAAGGCUAUCUACAACGAUGGACCCAAGGGAGAAAUCAUCAGAGAAACUGACGAGAUUCCAGAGGAACUUAAGCAAUUAUGCAAAGAGAAGAGAGCUCUGUUGAUCGAAACAUUGGCUGAUGUUGAUGACGAAAUUGCCGAAAUCUUCUUGGAUGAGAAAACUCCAUCUAUUGAACAAAUGAAGGCUGCCAUCAGACGUGCAACCAUCAACUUAAAAUUCACACCCGUCUUAAUGGGAAGUGCAUUGGCAGACAAGUCAGUGCAGCCCAUGCUUGAUGCAGUCUGUGAUUAUCUACCAAAUCCUGCCGAAGUAGAGAACUUGGCGCUCGACAAGCGAAGAGCUGAAGCCCCCGUGAAGCUUGUCUCUUACAAUGAGCUUCCAUUCGUCGGACUCGCCUUCAAGCUUGAAGAAAGUAAUUAUGGUCAAUUAACCUACAUUCGAGUUUACCAAGGAUCCUUGAGAAAGGGCAUGAACGUGUUCAAUGCUAGAACUGACAAGAGAGUCAAGAUUCCUAGAAUUGUGCGAAUGCAUUCCAACGAGAUGGAAGAAGUUCCUGAAAUCGGUGCUGGAGAGAUCUGUGCUGUCUUUGGAGUUGAUUGCGCUUCCGGAGAUACUUUCACCGAUGGUGGCUUACCAUACUCUAUGUCUUCUAUGUUUGUACCAGAUCCUGUCAUUUCCUUGUCCAUCAAACCCAAGACAACAAAAGAUGGAUCCAACUUCAGUAAGGCUAUGAAUCGAUUCCAACGUGAGGAUCCAACAUUCCGUGUACAUGUCGAUGCUGAAAGUCAGGAAACUAUCAUUUCUGGUAUGGGAGAAUUGCAUCUUGAUAUCUAUGUGGAGCGAAUGCGAAGAGAGUACAAGGUCGAAGUUGAAACCGGUAAACCUCAAGUCGCUUACAGAGAAACCAUCACUGAACAUGUCACAUUUGAUCACACUCUCAAGAAACAAACUGGAGGUGCUGGAGAUUACGCUCGUGUCGUUGGUUUCUUGGAACCUAUCGAGGCUGGUCCAAACGGUUAUGCCCCAUCUACUUUCAAGGAAGAAGUUACUGGAGGUUCUAUUUCCGACAAAUUUUUAUUCGCCUGUGAAAAGGGAUUUCUCGCCUCUUGUGAAAAAGGUCCUCUUCUUGGUCACCCCGUCCUCGGUACUCAUAUGGUUGUUAACGAUGGUGCAACCCAUAUGACUGAUUCUUCCGAAAUGGCUUUCAAAAAUGCCACUCAACAAGCUUUUAGAAAAGCUUUCAAGGAAGGUAAACCACAAGUCCUUGAGCCUCUCAUGAAAACUACGAUUACAGCACCCAACGAAUUCCAAGGUAACAUUGUCGGUUUACUAAAUAAGAGAAAUGCUAUCAUCAGUGAUACGGAAAUUGGACCAGAAGAUUUCACUCUCAUUGCGGAUUGUAGUUUGAAUGCUAUGUUUGGAUUUAGUUCCCAAUUGAGGGCAGCUACGCAAGGAAAGGGAGAGUUUGGUAUGGAGUUUAGUCAUUAUGCUCCUGCACCAGGACAGUUACAAAAAGAGCUCAUUUCCAAUUAUGAAAAGGCACAAGCCGAUAGACACAAGAAGUAA